AUGUGUGCUGGCAUUGAUCAGGACGUGGCAAAUGGAUCCAGCAUGGGUCGUUGUGGUGCCAAUGUGGACUGUGACCCUAGUCCCAGCAAUGUGAAGAUGCUCUUAGGAAUAGCUGACGAAAUGCUGAAACAGAAGAACGUAGAAUCCGAGCUCUUUGGGGGUAAGAGAAUUGGAGAGCAGAGCAAUUUUGAGAAACUUGACUGGUUUGCAGGAGAACUUGUGUUGGAGCAUCAGAGGAGGAGUUGCCGAAUCGCACCCACAGUUGCAUUCAAGCAAGUUAAUCCCAAACCCACCUAGAAAAAGAUUCAAAACAAUCUUGAAAGAACAAAAAAAGGGAAAAUUUUGUUGGAAGUAAGGCAGCAGCUUUCUUACUACUUUUACAGAGAAGAUAGAAAAAGAAGAGGUAGUCGUCCAAGGAGAUUGUGCCAAAUCAUUUGGAACAAAAAUUUAGUAAGAAAAUUUGGUAAAC